GAGAACUCGUGAGAACGACCUCGGAACGCAGCUGAGUAAUUCUCCACUCUACCGGUACUUUCGUCCUGAAUUGCACCACGCAAAGUCCAAACAACAUGUCGGCAAUAACAGCCCGCCUGCUCCGGUCCUCGUCGUCCCUGCUCGCCCGUAGGCCUCUCAUGGCGACGGUCGCUGCCUCCAGAACCGUCGCGCCCGCUUUCCAAACGGUCUGGAGUCGCAACCUGUCGGACUCGCUCAAGGGGAAGAUCGACCAGGCAGUCAAAGAUCACGAAGUGCUGGUGUUCAUGAAGGGCAACAAGGACGCUCCACAGUGCGGAUUCAGCCGGGCCGUUGUGCAGAUUUUGCAGCUCCAGGGCGUCAAGGACUUCAAGACUGUUAACGUGCUUGCUGACGAGGAGGUUCGGUCUGGGAUCAAGGAAUACACCUCAUGGCCAACCAUCCCACAAGUGUUCGUAAAAGGCGAGUUCGUUGGUGGCUGCGACAUCCUCAUCAACAUGCACCAAAGCGGCGAGCUCGACAGUCUGUUGCGCGAGAAGGGCGUCGUUACCGAGGCGCCUGCUGCUGCUGAUGCUGCUGAGGCCAAGCAAUGAGUGACCAUCGGGUUGGGACUUGUCAACUUUGGUUGGCGUCGGUUAGAGCAGAACGGGAUGGAAGAGCAGGGUAUGGGAGAACAUAUGGAACCACAAUGGGCACAUGAGCAGCUCAGCUUUUUCGGAAUGCCCGCAUGGAGCGCCUUCCCAUGUCCCAAACGUGUUGUGCAAUGUGUAGGUAGAACAGUUUUGCAGCCAUAACACCCACAAGUCACACCUUCACUCAUCUCCAUGUAACUCAGAACCAAUUUGUUGCUGCACUUCCACAUUCAUGAUUCAAAUUCUAUCUAUGUAGGCUCGAGUAGUAAUCGCAGUGCCCUCCAAUACAGAUGUGGUGA